CUCCGCGACUGACUCGCGUCCGAGCAACUGCCGUCGUCUGCCUGCACGCCUCGCGCGCGCUCGAAAGCGGCACUCCGGAAAAGUUCGUCGCGAAGCUGGCCGCUUCGAGAACGGCUGGCACUCGGCGAUGUUCGAUUUAAUUUGCGCGUGUAGUGCCCUCCGACGGGAAUCGAAUCAGCCUCCCCCGGGGGAAUGCGAAUGCCCGAAAGGGCCGGCGAACGAGGGUACGCGUCUCGCGCUGACCCUUGCUAUGCGCGCCACGCGUCGAAAUUCGAGAUAGCUCAAGCCCAAGAUCUUCGCUCGAACGACCGUUAGUGCUUAGCCGCAGGCGGAAGGCGACGCGAGUUUCAAGCAUUUGAAUUUCCAGUUGUGUGCGAAUACCCACGCGAAAGCCGUCGGAUUGCGAUGUGAAGACUAAAGCCGAACAUUUGCCAAUCAAAGUUAAUUCAAUCGCGAGACAAUGGUGAAGCGCCAGUGCUAAUUAGUUUCAUUAAGUUCACGCUGGUCUGCCAUAUAAAGCUAAUUACGAGGCGCACAGGCGUAUCCUCGCCAAUAUCUACAGGUAAAGUAAAAGAGAGAAGACAGAGACAAUUACUGGGAUCAGACUGGUAACGAAGAACAAGCCGAGGAAAUCCGGCGAGGAAAGAGUUCAGCGUUGUCUUCCGUCGGUAACGCCGAGGCCCCGAGCUUGCGCGGGACAAUCGCGCGUCGGACGUACAAUCUGGCUGACCCACGUCGGACUCGUACUACUGACUCCAUCUCCCCCGCGCUCGCACUCUCACUCUCCGUUUCUCGUGCCGUCGUCGUUCGGUGAUCGCCCCGGCUGAUACGGAGCGACCGAGAUUCGCGCGGAGGUGGGCACGGGGAAGGCGGCGAGUAACCAGCGAGUAGCGUGAGCGGAGCCGCGGUCAGCCACGUCCGACCGCGCGAAGCCUCCGCGGGGGAGAGGCUCGGCCGUAGCCUCGCUGCCCGCGAAGGUCGCCGACGAGAGGGUCGUGGCGACGAGGCGGAGCGUUGCGCUCGUCGGAGCGCUGACGUAUACUUGUUGCGGCUGGGUCGCGCUGUAUCGAUCCGUUCGCGAGCGGCGCCCCCCCCCCCCGCCCCCUCCCCACCCGCGCCCGUCGGCGCCGCGGUCGCCCCGGCUGGGUGUGUUCUCUCCGCGUAACCUGUUGCCUGACGGGAGCGCGCGCGCUCAGUUGUGUCGCGGCGGUGGUCGCGCGCGCGCUUGUAACACCGCGGCACGCCGAGGACGCUCCUCGACUUCGGUGGGCGCGCAGGCAAAGGGCAGCGGGGAGCUCGCUCGCGACCGAAACACUGGAGGCGCUCAGGCUGCCGGACAAAUUGUCCGAGGUGCUCGGCGACGUGCUCGAGCUCGCGUGCGGCAGCGGUAACGGCCAGUCGGACAAGCAUGAUCACAGCCACGCGUCGGCGUACAGCCAGGCCGCGCAGCAGCAGCAGCAGCAGCAGCAGCAGCAGCAGCAGCAGCAGCAGCAGCAGCAGUCGGCGGGCCAGGCGUGCGGCUCGUCGUCGUCCGGCACGCCGACGAAGAAGACUUCCAAGCUGGGCUCGCUCACGGGCGUAGCCAUGAUCGGCAGGGAAUGGGCGCAAAGCAGGCAGGCCAGAUUGGCCUCCUCCUCCACCACCUCCACGCUCGACAGCCAGGACAGCAGCUGUGCCGAGGACUUUAGCGUGUCGAAGGAGCAGCACGCGGUGCAGCCAUCGUCGUCGGGAGGCAGCAGCAGCGAGUCGCCAGGCAACGGGGGAGCAGCGCAGAGCAGUCGGCCGAGCAGUCGUAUGGGUCUGGUGAUGGGUCGCACGCUGACGUCGCUGUCGAGGCGGCCGUCGAGCGGCUCGCAGGAGCAGCUGCCCGCGAUCGAGACCGCCAGUCCGCAGAUACGGGCUUACGGGCCCGACGGCCGCCACCACAAUCAGGAGCUGCUGCACGCCGCCUCGUCCUACCCGCCGAGCCGUAGCUCCAGGUCGCCGUCGCCGAUCCGCGCGGCCUCGCUGGACGCCCGCUGCCCCAGCCCCCUGCCCGGCGGCCAGAGCGCGGCGGCCCUGACGCACCUGGCCUCGUCGCAGAGCGCGCUGAUCGGCGGGCCGUCGUCGUCGGCGUCGCCGGGGCGCUGCCUGUCGCCGCUGCUCAUCCCGCCGCCCCGCGCCUCCUUCUCCGCCGCCUGCAGUGACGGCUCAGCACCGCCGGCCUCGCCGCUCGGCGCGCUGCAGCCCGACCUCUACCAGCGCAGGGACCAGCCGCUGUUCCUGAGCAGCGGCCGACGGUCGGGCAAGCACCUGGGCAAGCUGCACCUGCGGCUCAGCUACGACUUCGACAAGAGCGACCUGAACGUGCACCUGAUCGAGGCGCAGGAGCUGGCGAGCAGCGAGCAGGGCGGCUUCCGGGACCCCUACGUCAAGCUCACGCUCAGCCCCGAGGUGGACGCGCGCAAGCGCCAGACCGGCAUGCAGCGCUACGAGCCCAACCCCAGCUUCGACCAGCACUUCAAGUUCCCCGUGGGCCACGAGCAGCUGCAGGACAAGACGCUGCUGGUGCAGGUGCUGGACCACGACCGGUUCUCGCGCAACGACGUGGUGGGCUCGGUGCGCAUCGCCCUCGAGGAGCUGCAGCUGUCCUCCUCGGCCAGCCCGGUCGAGGUCUGGGGCGAGAUCAGCCGCGAGCGCAAGCCCCCCGAGGAGACGCAGGAGGUCUGCAUCUCGCUGUCCUACCUGCCGUCCGCGGAGCGCCUCACGCUCAUCGUCAUGAAGGCGCGCAACCUGUUCCCGCAGCGCGGCAAGCACACCCUCGACUCCUUCGUCAAGGUCGGCUUACUCUGCGGCGAGAAGCGCGUGAAGAAGCGCAAGACCGCAGUCUGCAAGGCCACCAGGUCGCCCGUGUGGAACGAGUCCAUGUCCUUCAACGUGCCCGCCAGCCUCGUCGCCAGCUCCGCCGUCGAGGUAGGCUCGCCUCCUCCCCCCCCCCUCCCCCUUACGCCCGUGCGCGUCAUCGUCGCCGCUUCGCCUGCUUUUUCUCUUCCGCAGAUCUGCGUGGUGGACUCGAGCGCCGACGUGACGGGCAGCAGCGCGAUCGUCGGCUCGUGCAUCGUCGGCCCGAGCGUCGGCCCGACGCCCGACCACGGACUGCCCAACCCCAGCCGCGAGCACUGGCUGCACAUCACCAGCACGCCCAGGAAGGCCGUGGCCAUGUGGCACACUCUGCACUAGAGCCCCGGUCGCCCUCUCCGUCGCCGCGAUCCGCGCGUUCAUUUUUCUUUUCUCUCUCUCUCUCUCUCUCUCUCUCUCUCUUUCGUUUGCCGCUCUCGGACAUCCGGCGACCUCGGAAGCUCCACGACGGUACCGAUCGGCACAAGCGUUAAUCACUUAUCACAAUAUCGUGUGUAUGUGGGUGCGCGCGUGUCUGCGUGUGUAUGUGUGUAUGCGUGUGCAAAAAAUGUGUCGUAUUUUCAUCGUCGGGCAUACGACGGUCAAAGACGUUUUUAUGAGCCGCACUUCUCAAUGUGUCUCCGCAUCUUUGAUCACGUCGAUCUUUUGUAACGAACCGAGAUCCGAAUACGCGACUCCAGCGGUCGCUUUUCCGUUGCAUCGCCCGAUCGCAUUGCUUUCGCAGCGCCUACAUCGAGUACUCGUUACGUUGCGCCGUCGGGCACUGCUCUUAACGCGAAAGCAGAACUUCGCGCUCGCGCUAAAAGCAUAUAUACUUUGAAUUUAUGGUACUACGCGAAGCAGCACGCACAUCGUACUUUACUGUAUCUCUCCGCAGUUGCUUUCUAUCUCCCUGUUUUACUCGCUCGAUGUUUCGCAUCGUCGUCGACAAACUGUUCGAGGUCUGUUUCUCAAACCCUCCGCGAACUUUCCCCCUUCCCGCCGUCACUGGCCUCGGUGUGAACUUCGUCCGUCGUUGAACGACGCGAGGCUGGAAUAAAAGAGGAAUGCGAAAGAAAAUCAGAAUGCACGCGGGGCGUCAAAGAUCGAAGGUGAAUUACAUAUUUUUCGCGGCCUAUCGCGCGAACGCGCAGCAUUCGCAUUUUUUCGCUCUAUUAUCCGUUUUCUCAUCUCGAUGUGGUAAGUUGCAUUCCGACAAAUAACGACGUAUCCUUCUUUAUCCUUUUUCUUUUUAGUAAUAAGCGACAAAAGAACAAGAGAAAAGGCGGUCCCACCGCGUGCGUCGAAUCACUUUCAAUAAACGAAAUAGAUAAUAUACAAACUAAGGGGGCAACAGAUGAACAACAAUAAUAGUGAUAAUCACGAAGAAAAAACUGAAUAGGGCACUAUAUAGAUAAUCGAGGGUAUAAAAGAUACGACGGAAAGAUUUUGAAAAAUAAAUAAACGUUCCGCGAUCGUGGGCGCGAGAACGUCGUCCAACAAUGUACGCUUAAUAUUAAAUUAUACAUAUAUAUAUUCAAAGAAAAAAACCUUUGAAUUCACAGUAUUUCUAUAUUGUUCUCUAUUUUAAUGAUAAAAAAUUAGUAAAUAAGCGAAUGCAUUUAUUCGUACAUUAUUUAUGAAGCUAAAGAUGAUAUAUUUCUCUAUAUUAAUUAAGCCAUAAGAUAAUAUAUGUACAUAUACUUUUGUCAAAAAUAAUUGGAAUGAUAUAUUAAGAGGAAGACUGCGCUAACAAAAAGCAGUGCGUAGGCGUGAGGCAUUUCACGAUUAAAAUUGCGUAGCUCCCGAUUAUUCAUAUAUUAUAUUAUACAACAAAGUACAAUUACCGCACGCAAACAUUCUACUGGCUGAACUUGACAUUCAUUUUCUCGGUAGACCACUCACGGAAACAAUUGGAGUCGGCUGUCGUACAAAAUUAACGAAAAUUCAACUCGACUAAUUGAACAAAAAUUAUAAUCCACCGAAAAAUUGUAAUAUUGGAAGGGCGAUUAUUGUGGCUAUCGAGAGAAUGAAUUCGCAGUUCGUUGUGUAAGCAACAGAAAAUAAAGGAUCAAAACAAACAAACGUAUGCCUUAAAAAAGCACGUUCGCCAAUAAUAAUUUGCCGCGAGCUACAUAUAUGACUCGGGGAGUUGUAAUUACUCCAAGUGUCCAGCGCGAAUUUUCCCGAUUUUACCAAAGAAAUGUAUACUUUUCAUCGUAUAAUGCCGUACAAAACAAUCGAGACAUCAGCCUUUUUAAAAAUAAAGGGAUUUUUAAUUUAAAUGAUAAAAAGAAUAUCUCGACGAUAAAAAUGAUGAAAAAGCCAAAAGCAGAUGUAACAAGUGGUGCAAUAUUAUUAUUAUCACGAGUGUUGUAAAAUUUGAUGAAAACAUAUUAAAUAUAUUUAAAAAAUAACAAAAAUAAUAAAAUCUAUAUUAUAUAUAUUAUACAUGGAGGGGGUGUGUUUUUUGACAAGUCAAGUGAAAUGUACGUGGUAGAUGUUUCAGGAAAAAUGUUCCAAUAGACUUUAAAAGAAAAAUGUUUAAUAAAAAUAAAUAAUUAUCUACAUAAUCAAUUGGCGUUUAAUAGCUAUAGAAACAAAAUAAACAAAGCAAAAAAAACGUACAUUAGCGUGAUUUACAUAUGUAUGUGAUGUGCAUUCAAUAUUUUUCUUGUCAUGUACGAUGUACUUUUCGGUGGUUGGUCCGAUAAUAAAGAGAAC